AUGACUCAUUUUACAGCCUACAAUCCUUUUACGGUCUUGAUCAAAUUUAAUGCUGUCUUCAACCUCACAGUGCUUUAUCUUGAUACACAUACUAUCGUUCAAUGUAAUCGUAUAAAUCACAGCGCCUACCGUAAAACCCUGCCCUUAAUAUGGAGCAAGCCCCGCUUUGAUAAAGGUCUAGUGGGCGAUGCAUUAUCAGUAUUUCACCGCUUUCUUGAUACAUUACCUCUAGUACGAAUCGCCACAAUCCAGAAUAUAGAGACUUUAGAUUUGUCUGUGAUAGAAGAAUCAUUGUAUGAUCAUGUCAGGCCAGAUUUCUGGUUACUACUAGUCCGAUAUAUACCCAAUUUAAAAACCUUGUGUCUGCGCGGAGCAUCGUUUCUCUCUUGUGAUACAUUCCAGGGCUUAGAGCAGUAUUGGAAGUGGCCUGGUGUAGAGACACUCGAUAUUUCGUAUUGCGAUCACAUGAAUCAAGCGAUUUUAAUGCAGCUGGCCGAUGCAUUACCAGCCUUACGUAGCAUUGUUUUGGAUGGACUCAAAUGUCAGAUUUCACGAGGCGUGGAUGCUCUGAGCGAUCGUUGUGACAAACUCGAAACUAUCUCUUUAAAAUCUUGCCCCACACUAUCUGACAACUGCCUGGUUUCGCUUGCAAAGUUUAGAAAACAUCACCUCCGCUCACUGGAUCUCUCGGGAUGUCGCCAAAUCACAAACAAAGGUCUAAUGUUAACCGCAAAAUACAACAUUAAGCUACACACCCUCUUGCUGGCCAAUACAUCAUGUUCUCCUGAAAUUGUGCUAGAAUUUGUCUCUGGACCGUUGAAUCGCAAGUACUUACGCCAACUCGAUAUUUCCAACUGUGCUAAUCUCAACGGCUCUCAGCUCAUCAAGGUGGCAGAGAAAUUACUUGAAAGCACAGAGAUCACGCACUUGACAGUAUCCAUGUUUCUCAUCAGUGUAAUGCUUUCUCAGGCGCUUGUUUCAGUCAACUCUAAUCUUGUUUCUUUAACUGUCCAUGGAUUACCUGAAGGAACUCCAAUUCAACUUAUCGACCGAUUGAUUGAGAUCUUUCCUAUGCUGAGCGAGAUUGUCUUUGUGCGAGAAUAUUACCAGUCAGACUUCCUCAAGGGAUCAUAUGCAGAUACAUCGUUACCAAAGCGCGAACGGUUCAUUACUGAAGAAAACCUGACAAAUUUAUCGAUUGGUAGUCCUCCUGUGAAAAUCAUACUAUCCAACAGUUGCGAGAAUGUAAGCAGUGUUGGAAUAGAUAGCUGGUAA